GGUGGCCCUUAACAACGAUGUGGAAAGAUAAAUUUAUAAUUGAAGACGCAGGAUUAACAAAAAUAAAGCAAGAAAUCCAACGUGAAUUCCGAGACGGUUUGAACAACCACGGUACCGAUGUAUCCAUGAUUCCAACCUACGUCUACGGUAUCCCUGAUGGCACUGAGCAGGGGACAUACCUCAGUUUAGACCUCGGCGGUACUAAUAUGCGUGUUUGUGAGAUCAUCCUCUCCGGCGAUAAGCAAUUUACAAUCACUCAAGAGAAGUACAAGAUUUCUGAGGAUCUUAAAACAGGCGAAUUUGCUCACUUGUUCGAUUAUAUGGCAAAAUCCAUCGGCCAUUUCUUGUCUACCAAGUCUGAGUCUAAAGACUCCAAGCGAAUCCCGCUCGGUUUCACUUUCUCUUUUCCUGUCGAUCAGUCAGCGAUAAACUCAGGAAAGCUCAUUGGAUUUACCAAAGGGUUUAAAGCGAAAAAUGCCGUUGGUAAGGAUGUCGUUAAGCAACUUCAAGACAGUCUCAACCAGCAGAAUAUCCCGGUUGACGUUGUUGCUCUAGUAAAUGAUACCGUCGGUACACUCCUUGCUCACUCUUAUAAAUCUGGGGGUGCGAAAAUCGGUGCGAUAUUCGGUACUGGUACUAAUGGUGCUUACUUGGAGGACCUCUCUGAAAUAAAGAAAUUGGAUUUGUCUUCUUUGAAUGUCAAGGAAGGCAGUAAGAUGGUCGUAAACACUGAAUGGGGUAACGUAGAUAACGGAAGGAGCGUAUUACCAAUCAACGAAUGGGACGAGAUCGUCGAUUCAGCAUCAAUCAACCCACGCAAGCAGUCAUUUGAAAAACUCAUCUCAGGCAUGUACUUAGGUGAAAUUUUGCGGAGGUUCCUCGUUCAUCUCCAUUCAACAAAGGAAUUCUUGAGCCAAGUUGAGACACUUCCAGAAGGAAUAAGCACACAAUAUGGCUUAGAUACUGCACUCAUGUCAGCUGCUCUCGAAGAUGCAGACGAGGCUGAGUACGAAAACGCUAAGAAAGUGUUGGUCGAUUUGGGCGUCUCUGAGGAGAGGGUUUCUAUCGAAGAUGCUAGAAUCCUCAAGAGUGCUUCUUACUACAUUGGGUUACGUGCUGCUAGACUCAGUGCAUGCGCUUUAGCUGCUGUUAUUGAAUCUGAAACCCGGGAAAAUACCACGGGUGAUAUCAAUAUCGGUUUGGAUGGAUCCGUUAUUGAAUUCUAUCCAAGUUUCGAGCAACAAAUUCGCGAUGCCCUUAAAGUUCUCCUUGGACACGGAGCUGAACAACGCAUUAAGAUAGGUUUAGCCAAGGAUGGUAGUGGGGUUGGAGCUGCAUUGUGUGCUCUACAAGCCAUCAAGCAAUUAAACGGAAAAGAAAGCGCCUAAGAAGAUGCCACAGCAUAAUGUAUCUUGCGUAAUAAUAAAAUGCAUAGAAUGUAAACUAUUGACUAUCCCCUCUGUUGUUUUAUCACCUCCAUGACGACUUCAGAAAGAUAAAUGAAUAAAUCGACUAAAAGUAACUACAAACCGCUGACAUCAACUGGAUGGAUAAAAUCUGGAGCUCUGGAAUCAUCCAGUCAAUCAUCUAGACCGACCAGUUCUGAAAAUCGCGUAUCUCUUACUCGUCAUAAGUCAUCUCCACCUCAAUUAGAAAGUAAACAGAACAGCGCGUGGAUGCUUGACAAGGAUAGCUUCAGUAAGGCGAUGAAAUCAACGAAAACAAAGUUGUUCUCAAAACCAUCAGAAUCUGAUACCAAAGGAAAGAAAGCAAGAACUAAAAGUAAAAUAUACUGGGAUCCUGAAGAAUAUUACAAGAACAAGGAUAAAAAGGAGAAGGCUAAAGUCGAGAAAGAGUUAGCAAGACAAUAUGAAGAAGAUCUCGAAGUUAUGCCAUCACAAUCACAUCAUGAUCAUGAAAUAGACUUGCCAUCAUCACCUUCCUCGUUAGCUAAGGAGUUGACAACGGAUAAAGCAUUAUCGCAACUUGCAAGAAUGCGUAAAGCUGCAGGUUUAUCACCCGUCGACGAAGAAAAGCGAGCGAAGGACAGAAUGACGGCAUUGCGAGAGCGUAGAGUUGAUCUAGAAAUGCGAAAAGCUAUGAUAGCGAAUAAUGACGCAAAUGGUAACUAUAAUGGCCACAUAAAUGAUAAUCUACAAGCGCAUUUAACAACACUAGCCAACUUCAGUAAGCGAUUAAAUGAGGUCACGAUACCAUCACUCAAAAGCAAUAAAAACAUUGAAACCAACAAGCGAAGAAAGUAUACACAAGAUGAUAGUAAUCUCAGGCGACCUACUAGGCUACCCACUAUUGAUGACCUGGAAGCAGAUCAGUAUGAGGAUGAGCUCCUGUUUACGCAGAAUAACAAUAAUGGUGCUUAUAGAACCUUUUCUCAGAUAUUGACUGAGAAGACGCCACAGAAGGAUAAAAGCCAGGAUAAGAUACUCGUCUUGGGUACGCCUUCACCGCUAUCAAAGACCAAAUUACAUCAAACUAAGCUCAAACAGCCCACUCCAGUUAGAUAUUCCCAAAAUGAACCAGUUAGUAAUAUUCCAGUUGGCGCAAUCGGCUUUCCAGAACUUGAACAAGCUUGGGAGGGCACCAGACCUAUUGUUGAAGAAAGCAGUACGUCGAAGAAGCGCAAAAAGGAUAAAGAAAAAGAUAAAAGUCAACAGAGUCUCAUAUCAGGGUGGGUUUCUCAAGUUUCAGGUUUAUCUGAGGAGGUGCCCAAAAGGAAACUCUGGAGCGGACUUGAUAUGGACUCAAGUGAUAGACCAGACGUUUCUUUUGACCUGGAUAGUGAUUAUGAUGAUGAAGACUCGGUCUUGCUUGAUCUUGAAACACCGCAAAGGAAUCGCAUAACUAAAUCACUCCCACUUGACUUUCUGCGUAAUGACAGUCCGUCUUCUGAGCGUGCAGUUGCUACUAUUGUCAGCCCUUCACAUUCACGAUCACAGCAAAGCAGUGGAAACAUCUUACCCACACCUCACUCAAACAUACCCGGUUUGCACCAGUUGAUGCGAAAUAAUUACAAUUAGCUUGUGCAUAGAAUAAAUU